AUUGUCCGGGCGGCAGCGCAGGAUGCGGCUCCCGGCACGGCCUCCCGGGCUGCGCUGAGGGCCCGCCGGCAUGAGGAGGUCUGUCGAAGAUGCACUGGUCACCAGAGCAUGCCCAGUCCCUGAACCAGUGGCCGGAGCAGCACCUGGACGUCUCCUCCACGACCUCCUCCCCGGCCCACAAGUCCGACCUGUACCCCAGCACCCGCCAGCGCUUCAACUAUGCCUGGGCCAACGAUGACAUCUCGGCGCUCACGGCCUCCAACCUCCUCAAGAGGUACGCCGAGAAGUACUCGGGGGUGCUGGACGCGCCCUACGAGCGCCCCACGCUCGGCGGGUACGGGGACGGCGCCUUCGGCCCCGUCAACGGGCAGAAGGGCGACGGGGAGCCCUGGCCGGGCGCACACGGCUCGGACGGCGCCUACCCCCUGACCCCCAUCCACGACGGCCUCGCCGGCGCCAAGGCCGUGGUGCCGCCCGCCGUGCCCGGGGGCAGCGGGGCCAUCGCGCUGGGCGGCUCCCCGGUGCUGCCCGCCAACCUCGGCGACGCCGCCUACCCCGGGAACUCCUGCGGAGCGGCCGCUGCCGCCUCCGGGGGGCUCGGGGGGUCUCAGGAGUACCCGUCCGGCUACGGCGGCACCUACCUGCCCUCCGGCUACUGCACGCAGCCCGCGGCCGCGCUGCCCCCGCCGCACCCCCCCGCCCUGCACAGCUCGGGGCUCCUGCAGCCGCCGCACCCCUCGCCCGCCCUGGUGCCGGGCUACGGCUCCUCGGGCCCCGUGUACAACUACGCCGCCGGCAGCUACCCGCCGCAGCCGGGCUACGGGGGCAUCCACCCGCCCCAUCCCUCCGCCUCCUACCUGCCCUCCGGCAUCGCCGCGCCCACGCCCAUCCCGGCGCCGCCGCCCGCCGCCCGCCCGCCCGGCGUGCCCGGCUACGGCUACCAGGGCGCCGGGCUGGGCCCGCUGGCCGUGCCGCCCCUGGGCACCGAGGCGGCGGGCACGCUGAAGAGGAAGGCGUUCGACGUCGGCGGGGACGAGGACGGGGAGGGCAGGUACAGGAAAUACGGCUACGAGCAGCCAAAGUCGCCCUACCCGCUGUCGGACGGCGGCGAGUGCCGCGGGAACGGCUUCGGCGGCGGCGCCGAGUCCCCGCAGGUGCCCUUCAAGCCCGGGAAGCGGCCGGCGAGCGACGAGGAGCACGGCGGCAAGUACGGCGGGCAGCAGAUGAAGGGGUUGGCCUCGCCGCCCUACGGCGCCCGGGACGCUGCCCUGCGGCCGGCGGAGCCCUUCGAGAAGUUCAGCCCCCCCCUCGCCAACGGGGAGCGCGCGGCCGAGCCGGGACCCCCCUUCCCUCUGCGGCUGCCCUCCAAAGCCCCGGCGUUCGGCGGAGCCCCGCCGGAGGAGCAGCACAAGAACGUCGACCCGCUGGUGCUGGAGCUGGUGAACGCCAAGGUGGUGGAGCGCGGGCCGCCGGUGCAGUGGUCGGACAUCGCGGGGCAGGUGUCGGUCAAGGCGGCCAUCGAGGAGGAGCUGCUGCGGCCGCUCCUGCGGCCCGGCUCCGUCCCGAGCCGCCCGCUGCGCACCCUGCUGCUCUUCGGGCCCCGCGGGACGGGCAAGACGCUGCUGAGCCGCUGCAUCUCCACGCAGCUGGGCUCCACGCUGCUGAGGCUCAGCGGCACCACCCUGCUGUCCGCCUGGAAGGCCGAGGCCGAGAAGAUCCUCCAGACCGUGUUCUUCGUGGCCAGCUGCCGGCAGCCCGCCGUGGUGCUCAUCACCGAGGCCGAGUCCCUGCUGGACGGCGGCCAGGCCGGCAACCUCAAGUCCCAGCUGCUCUCCUACCUGGACAACGUGGCCGCCUCGUCCGAGCGCAACGUGGUGGUCAUCGGCACCACGGCGCGGCCCGGCAGCAUCGACGAGGCGUCGCAGCGGCGCUUCGGGGCGCGGCUCUACAUCCCGCCGCCGGACGGGGAAGCGCGGCGCCACAUCCUGCGCCGGGCGCUGGCGCAGCACAGCUGCUGCCUGAGCGAGCGGGAGCUGGCGGCGCUGGCGCAGCGCACCGAGAGCUUCUCCGGCGCAGAGCUGCUGCGGCUGUGCCAGCACGCCGGGGCUGCGCGCCGCGCCCUGCCCGGACCCCACACCUGCUACCAGGACCUGGAGAAGGCGUUCUGCAAGGUGCGCCCCGCUGCGUCCCAGAAGGAGCUGGACCUGUUCCUGGAGUGGGAUAAGAUGUACGGAACCAGGCACUGAGGGCAGCGCGGGGACGAACCCCAAGGCGGCGGGGACAGACCCCAAAGCAGCAGGGACAGACCCCCAAAGCGGAGGGGACAGACCCCAAAGCGGUGGGGACAGACCCCAGAACAGCAGGGACAGACCCCAAAGCAGCAGGGACAGACCCCAAAGCAGCAGGGACAGACCCCAAAAUGGUGGGGACAGAUUUGGGACAUGGAUUGGGACCCGUAGGGGCUCCGGUUCUCCGAGCAGGGUUGGGUCCCGACGCUGGCCAGCCCUGCUCCAUACCUCACCUUUCCUAUUUUGGACUCAUCCAGGGAUUUUCCAGGCUGUGCUUUUUUUGGGGAGCCUCGCCCACGACUCAGGAUAACCUAUUUAUUGUUUUCCCGACCCUCCGUUCUGGAUCGGUGAUGCCGGUGGGGCCGGAGGCGCCCCGGGAGAAUUCCGGCAUCGGGAUCCGCUCCAGCGCUGGAGUCAGGAGCUCCCCCAUCCACCCCAAAGCUUUAUUGUUGUUUAUUUUUGUUUGUUUUUAAUUGCUUUUAUUAUUCCCAACAGAAAUACCUCGGGUGUCUUUGGAGCCCCUUCUCACCUUGAUCAGGGAAAGGGGCAGCUGGGGGAGAGGCCCAAAACCAGGGAAUUUCACCCCAAAACAAGGAGGUUGCACCCCAAACCAGGGGGUUACACCCCAAAACCAGCGGCAUUUGGAGUAAAAGGCUGUAGAUUGUUGAAUAUCCUAGACUUGGGUUUUUAUUUUUGUAAGGUCUGUAGUAUUUUUUUUUGUUCGUUUGUUUUUUCUUUUUAACUACUCAGGAAAAUAAUUACCUCAGAAAACUAAAGAAUGUUUUUUUAAGAACACUUUUUAUCUUCUCAGAAAAGGAAAAAGGAGAUUUUUUAAAGAGUUUUCCGACCUGGGACAGAGCUGCCUCCUGCAUUUGCUUCUGAAGGGGGUGAAGAAAGGAAGAAAUAAAAGGAAAAAUAAACUUGAAGCUGUUACAAAGAUGAAAUUUGAAUGUAUUUCAGGUGCUUUCCAUAUAUAUUAUGCCAUAAUUUUAUUUGAAAUUUUGUUGGUUUUUUUUACAUCGUUUAUUGUAGCAUUUGGUGGAGUAACGUGUCUUCAAUGGAAAGUUUAGUGCUGUAGGUUGGGAGCUGUCGCUGGCACCACUUUUUGGAGCAGAUUGGGCAAACCACCUUUUUUCCCCUUCCCAAAAAAUAAAAAAGUCCAGCAGGGCUGAGCGAGGGGCUUUGCACAGAGCGUGACCCCCCAGCCCAUCCGCUGGCCCCUCUUUGCGUCAUGGUGGGGUUUUCCCCAUUUAAAAAAAUGUUAAUUUGUUAUUUUUAAAUUAUUUUUCAUGCUCUAAAGGCCCUUAGAGCAGCCCCCCCCAAACCUCAGGGUCUGUGCCUGCAGAGAGAACAGAUCCCUCACUGGGGCUCCCCCCAGAGGUGUCUGCCAGGUUUUUUCCCAAUUCUUCUGAAUUUUUCCAGUUUCCUACUGCAUCCAAGGGCAUUACCAGGGCACCCCUUUGCCUCCCACCUCCAAAAAGUCGUGCUGGGUUCCUGAAGACUUAUUAUUAUUAUUAUUAUUAUCCUAUUUGUACACUCUCUGUAACCAUUUCUACCUCAUUUUGCAACGUAUUGUACAUGAAAGUAUUUAAUUCAUGUCUUAUUGAUGUCUGAGACAGACAAGCUCUAGGGCUGGGAUGGUCUACCUCAAGAAAUGCUGUAUUUU